AUGCCGUUCCGCCCGUCAUUAGUCGUUCAAGGCGCCCGACGAGCGCCGCUCACCAGCAAGCAAGCCGGAGUUGGCUUCUACAAGGGUACCGGUAGCCAUCCUGCGCUAGGCCCUAAAUCGCAAGGGUCUCAUGGCACAGGUCGCGUCCUCGGUCGCAUAUAUCGCUUGGAACCUAAGAAAAUGCGCUCGUUCAUCGUCCCUAGUAUCCUUCAUGACUUCGAAGAACUCGUCUCUCGUCCGGACUUGAGGCCGUAUACCGAAUCAGCACUUCCGUUACCCAGGGACGCAGACUUCGAUCGAUGGCCAAUCGAUCGCCGAAAGCUGCAACCAAAAGUCCAACAAAACCUGGCUCCAUGGCACAACCCAGACAGCGUUUUCUCGAACAAAGGCUUCGAUGGGGACUACUUUCGACAAUUGAUGAACCAUCUGAGGGAGAAUGAGUCAACAGACGAUGAUUAUAAACCAAUCUCCCUUGAAUCAAAAACAGGUUAA